CCGAUAGCUCCGGCCCAGUUAAGCCCAGGUCGAAGUCUCGCCCAGAUCGGGGGUUUAUGUCUCCUUCCCCGCUGAGAAAAGAAGCAGCUCGUGGCAGCUCCCUGCAAAAACCCUAGCUUUACCUCCGCCACCAAGCGCCUCCACGAUGAAGCUCGUCAGAUUCUUGAUGAAGCUGAACAACGAAACGGUGACCAUCGAGCUGAAGAAUGGCACCACCGUCCACGGCACCAUCAUCGGUGUCGACAUCAGCAUGAAUACUCAUCUAAAGACUGUGAAGCUCACACUGAAAGGGAAGAAUCCUGUUACCCUUGACCACCUUAGUGUAAGGGGAAACAACAUUCGUUAUUACAUCCUUCCUGACAGCUUAAACCUGGAGACGUUGCUGGUUGAGGAAACACCAAGGGUGAAGCCUAAGAAGCCUACUGCAGGGAAACCUAUGGGUCGUGGGCGCGGCCGUGGUCGUGGGCGCGGUCGUGGCAGGGGGCGCUGAGCUAUGUUAUACCUUGGAAAUUUUGCACUGCAUGCUUGUGUGCAGUGUAAUCUUGUUUCUUAGUUGUCGGAGCAAUAUUCGUAUUAGAGCCAAGACGUUGAUAUUGGCUGUACCCAGCUGUUCUUGAUGUGGAAUUAUGUUGUUGGUGUUUGACUGAUGUUCAAAAGUGUGCUAGCUUUAUAUUA